AUGCUCCCAGUUAUUCAAGCGGAAGUUCUCGGUCAAGAAGGAAAGCGAAGGAAAGCUAAAAUCUUAUUGAACUCUGGCGCACAAGUAAGCCUGAUUCGAAACUCGGUUGCCAAAGAUUUAAGGUUGAAAGGAAAGGAUGCGGAUGUAACCAUCACUAAAGUCGGAGGUGAAGAAGAGGAGAUCCAUACGAAGUUAUACAAAGUCAGUUUACUGUCACUACAGAACAAUAGUGUUCAUCAUAUUACUGCUAUUGGAAUACCGUCCAUUAGUGACAAUGUCGCCUCAGUUGAUGCUGGUAAAGUCAGUGAGAAACUGGGUCUCGAAGGAAGAAAGAUUGUUCGAGGAAACGGUCCAAUAGACAUACUUAUUGGAAUUAAUCAUGCCAAGAUGCAUACCGGUGAGACAAAGGAAGCUGAAAAUCUAGUCGCUCGACGGUCACCACUCGGUUGGGUCGUGUUCGGUGCAACAAGUGGAUAUCAAAGAAGAGUUAACAAAGUGUUGCACGUCCAGCUGACAAAUCCAGUAGACAUGACAGACUUCUGGACAACGGAAGCAAUGGGUGUUACUACGAAGUCAUGUAAGUGCAAUCCCGAAAAGCUUAGUCCAAUCGAACUACGCGAAAAGAAGAUCAUUGAGGAUUCGUGUGAAAGAGUUGGAAAUCAGUGGAUGGUUUCAUAUCCGUGGAAAAAGGACAAAAACUUGCUACCAGACAACCGAAGCCAGGCACUCAAGAAACUAGAAGCCACCGAACGCCGCCUUAUGAAAGAUCCCGCCAGCGCCAAAGAGUAUAACAAGCAGAUAACCGAAAUGACUGAGUUGAACUUUGCUAGAAAGUUAUCGAAGGAAGAAAUAACAAACCACAAACGUCCAGUACAUUACAUCGCUCAUCACGAGGUAGUAAGGCCGGAGAAGAAAAGUACACCCGUUCGUAUCGUGUUUAACUCGUCAGCUAGUUACCAAGGACACAAGCUCAAUGAUUACUGGUUCAAAGGACCGGACUUGCUAAAUAACUUAUUCGGUGUUGUGUUAAGAUUCAGAGAAAACGAAGUUGCAAUCAGUGGAGACAUUUCUAAAAUGUAUCAUCGAGUGUUGAUUCCUAAAGAAGACCAAGACGUACAUCGGUUUCUAUGGAGGAACCUAGAAACGGACAGAGAACCUGACGUCUACGCGAAGACCGUACUUACAUUCGGCGACAAGCCAGCACCGGCUAUGGCUCAGAUUGCACUCCGUAAAACAGCAGAAGAAGCAAGAGAAACCAAUCCGGAAGCCGCAAAAACCCUUCUCGAGAAUAGCUACGUCGAUGACAUCUGCGAAUCCGUUCCAAACGUUGAGAAAGCACAGCAACUCACUACUGACGUAGAUAAAGUAUUGGCUUCAGGAGGCUUCAAAGUUAAAGGCUGGACAUCAAAUCAUGUUCUUACUGAAGAUAACUCGAAUCAAGACGGAAGCAGUUCGACCGGAAUGACAUUACUUACAAACGAGACCGCUGAAAAGGUCCUGGGACUUGUUUGGGAUCAUUUGAAGGAUGUUUUCACAUUCAAAGUUAAUGUUGAACUCUUGAAUUCUGAACAAGCCGCCGCUGUACAGAAAAUCCAAGGAAAACGGAUAACGAAACGAAUGAUCUUGAGUCAAAUAGCUCGCAUAUUUGAUCCACUCGGUUUUGCCGCUGCCUUUAUUGUUAAAGCCAAGAUUGGAAUGCAACAUCUUUGGCAGAAAGGAGUAGAUUGGGACGAACAGUUGUCAGUAGAUGAGCACAACAAGUGGAUGGAGUUGUUCGCACAAAUGAAAGAGUUAAACGGUGUCACGAUUGAAAGAUGUCUGACUCCUCCCAACGCAUUUGGAAACCGAGUUCUGUGUGUAUUCUCGGAUGCAUCUAUCGAAGCAUUUGGAACUUGUGCUUACAGUAGAUGGCCUCUCGGGGACGGCACGUUUGGUGUUACGUUUAUCGCAGCGAAAUCAAGAGUAGCACCUUUGAAACAGCUUACAAUUCCACGACUGGAGUUGCAGGCAGCAGUAUUGGCUACACGUCUAGGGAAAACCAUCGCAGAAGAAUCCAGAUUCCAAUUUGAGAAAGUCGUAUAUUUUCUGGAUAGCAUGAUUGUGUUGGCAUCGAUUCGCUCGCAAGCUAGAUCAUUCAAAACAUUCGUGUCGACCAGAAUAGGAGAAAUUCAAAGCAAUUCUGAUCCACUCCAAUGGAAGCAUAUCCCCGGAGAAGUGAAUGUAGCAGAUGACGUAUCUAGAGGCAUAUCAGUGCAAGAUUUAACUCGAAGAUGGAAAUCCGGACCCGAUUUUCUUAGCCACCCAGAAGAACAAUGGCCCGAAACCAUUUCAGCUGCAGUAGAAGAGAAAGAAGUAAACACGGAACGUCGUAAAACACCAGUUGUUUGCACCGUAAGCACAACGAAAGAAGCGAUAUGUUGUACGAACAUUUCAAGUUGGCGAAAACUAGUAGGAGUAACAGCUCGAAUACAGAAACUCGGAGCGAAAGUACAAAGCAAACGAGAAGGAAGUAACGCAACCGGCGAAACAGAAAAUCACGGAACUCUCACCCCAAAUGACCUGUACAAAGCCGAAGUGUAUUGGAUCAAACAAGCGCAGAAAGGUAUUCACAGCCGAAUAAAGAAUGGCGAAUUGAAGCAGUUUAGCCCUUUCGUAGAUGAUGAAGGAAUUAUCAGAGUCGGAGGUCGUUUGAGCAAAGCAAUGGUGACGUACGACUGCAAGCAUCCCGCAAUGUUGCCAUACAAACAUUGGGUAUCCCUAUUGAUAACGCGUCACAUGCAUCAACGAGGACAUUCUGGUAUCGCCUCAACCACCGCCAAAAUUCGAAGAAAGUUUUGGAUUCUACGAGCUCAUAAUCUGGCUAAGAAAGUAAAACACGAAUGCGUAUUCUGCAAAAGAACGGAACACAAGUUAGAAACUCAACUGAUGGCAGAUCUCCCGGAAAAACGACUAGCACCCCAGACGCCGCCGUUUUAUUAUACUUCUUGUGAUUACUUUGGCCCUUACGCAGUGAAAGUCGGAAGAAACAAGACAGUAAAACACUACGGAGUGAUCUUUACGUGUCUCAACACUAGAGCAAUUCAUUUAGAAUUGGCUGUCGACUAUUCCACGAUGAGUUACAUGCAAGUUCUCAGAAGAUUUUUCUCCAUCAGAGGAUGUCCAAAAUUUAUGCUCAGUGACAAUGGAACCCAGUUAGUUGGUGCUUCAAGAGAGUUACGAGAGAUGAUACAAGGUUGGGACAUCAAAACACUUCGUGAUUUCUGUGCUGAAAAUGGAAUGGUAUGGCAAUUUAUAACGCCUGCAGCGCCGCACCAAAACGGGGUCUCUGAAGCUUUGGUGAAGAGCAGUAAAUACGCGUUAAAGAAAGCAAUCGGAGAGCAAGUACUAACACCAUUCGAGUUGUACACGUGCUUGUUAGAAAUUGCAAAUCUGGUUAAUCAGCGACCGAUUGGCCGUAUUCCAAACGACCCGGAUGAUGGAUCGUAUUUGUGUCCAAACGACAUGUUGCUUGGUCGUUCCUCGUCCAAUGUACCUCAAGGUCCAUUCAAAGCUACCAAGAACCCAAGAGAUCGUGUAGAAUUUGUGCAGCGAAUCGUAGAUUCGUUUUGGGUCAGAUGGACAACCGAUGUUUUUCCGUCGCUUAUCCCAAGAAAGAAGUGGAGCGUAGAUCGUAGAAAUAUCCAAGUGAACGACGUGGUGAUGACAGUGGAUACAAAUGCUGUAAGAGGAAAAUGGACUAUCGGACGAAUCACAAAAGUACAUCCCGGAUCUGAUGGCAAAGUGCGAAACGUGACAUUGAAGACCCCUACUGGAGAAUACCGAAGGCCAGUUACGAAGAUUGCAGUGAUCUACCCUAACGAAGGAUAUGGCGAUGACGACGUCGUCAUCGGCGGGGGAGAAUGUUGCGAACAGUGACGUAAUGUAUAUUUAUUUAUGUAAUAUAUUCAGAUUAGCCAUUCUUAAUUAUGCUAAGACGCGGGAAAUAAUACAUGUGUUAUAAGGUUUGUAAUAGCGACUUGAAACUAUAUCGGACACGCUAGAUAUAUCGGACGAAUUAUUUGUUGUUUAAAGAGGAUUGUUCAAAAACUCGUCAAGAAGUAAGUUACUGAGAAAGAACACGUAUGUACCAUUUAUACUUUACUUACAUUAGUUUUAUAUCUUUAUACUUUUAGAUCGAAUAAAAAUUAUUGACAUAUUUAAUACGUUCAAUUGACUAUACGAUUCGCGGGUCUUUGUCGGUAAUAUAUUGAGUUCUGUCGAACCCAACGGACCAGUAAGUUUUCAUAGUAGCAAGUCUGUGUCCACCAUGUCAAAUGCCUUUCUUAGGUCAAUAAAUACAAUCCCAUUUAUAAGACCGUUCUCCAUAUUUUCCGUCCACAUAUUAAUAAUUAAUAAGUUUGCUUAACGCUGUUUCACAUGAACGGUUUCUCCGAAAACCGGACUGGACAUGGUGUAAUAAGUUAUGACUCACAAGGAACUCAUAAAAAUGGUUGUAAAUGUGACGUUCCAGUAUUUUGCUAACAGCAAAGUAUGGCUAGGGGUCUAAAGUUAUUGACAUCAGAUAAAGGACCAGCUUUAUGAACUGGGAUGAUCUUUGAUGUUUUCCAUAUCGUUGGAAAUACGCCAGCUGACAAACUUUUGUUAAAUACUUUUGUUAAUGAUGGGGUUAUGAAAUUUGCUGAAAUCUUUAAAAUCUUGUGGCUUAAUCCGUCCAGUCCAGUUGCUUUGUGUGUUUCAAAGUUAAGCAAAUGACUAUAGAUUUCCUUGUCAGUUAUUGGUGGAAUACUGAAAGCUAUGUCAUCGUUAACAUUUGAGUUUACCAUCUCUGUUAAUUUAUCAACGUUAGCUGAUGGUAAGAACCAGUAGGUAUUUGGCAGGGGUUCAGAGGAUUUUAGAAAUGUUAUUUUACCCUAAAUUAGCUUUUUAACAUUAAAGAUUGCAAACUAUGAUAGACUUACAUAGGUGUUUGGCUGGAAACGGGGCAGACGAGACAAACUCGAUUGAUUCUGUGGAUACCUUUCCCCAAGAGAUGUUGAAAUCUAGAGUCUCCUAAAUGGCAUUUCCUACAUCCUAGGGAGGAUUUGACUUGCAAAAUCAUCUACGGUUAAAAAAUUUAACCCCCACAACAACCGUUUCAAACCAUGUAAGGGGGAAUCAUGAGUGUUCAAUAUGCAAUAAGUUUGCAUUUGAGACAGAGAACAAUAUUAAGUUCUGCCACUCUAAUCACUCUUUUGGAGGACUUUGCUCGCCCCACUUUGCUCAUCCCUGUUCCACAACCUCCAUCACGUAAGAGUUUGGUAAAGAAAAUAGGGGCCUGGGGUUCCUCUCAGAAAAUUUAUAUAUUUUUGAUGCUCAGUUUAUUCAUUCAUAACCCCAUGCACUUGUUGCAGUGUGCAGUACAGUAGUUUAUAUAGCCUGUAUCCUCACAUUCCACUCAAUAGCAUUAGCUGUGAGUUGGAUCUGCCAGUGUAUGUUCAAUAAAAGUUACCUGAAGAUGAAGAUGACAAUAAUUUAAUGCUUAACAAUAGAAGAAAAAAAAAUGAGUACUACUGGUCCAAUGUCAAGCCACAGAUAGUGAAAGAUCUUCCAGAUGGUAUUGAUGGGCUCCCGAUUUAUGUGCUAAAGAAAACCGGCAACAAACAAACUAAUAACCAAGCAUUACAAGAUGGAAGAAGAGCUGUCCAACAGAAUGGCUGGGUCAUAGGUGUGCUCGAUUUGCCGACUGCAAAGGAUCACACAAAUGCCUCAAUGAUUUUUGUGUGUGAUAAACACCAGGCAGUUUGA